ACAAGUGUCUCUUCCUAUCACAAUUAACCUUGUGUCCCUCACUAGACGUUGGCUAGCAAAAGAAGCCAUGGCCUCUACUUCGUCUCUAUCAGCCGUGUUGCUCUUGUGCCUGGCCGUGGCGGCGUCGGCGCAGCUGUCGCCGACGUUCUACCAAACGACGUGCCCGAACGCUCUGGCCACCAUCAAGGCCGCCGUGACGGCCGCAGUGAACAAGGAGAACCGCAUGGGCGCGUCGCUGCUCCGGCUGCACUUCCACGACUGCUUCGUCCAAGGUUGUGACGCAUCUGUUCUGCUGUCUGGCAUGGAACAAAACGCUAUCCCGAACGUGAUGUCGCUGCGAGGCUUUGAAGUCAUCGAUAGCAUCAAGGCGCAGCUCGAGACCAUGUGCAAGCAGACCGUCUCCUGCGCCGACAUCCUCACCGUCGCUGCCCGCGACUCUGUCGUCGCCUUAGGAGGGCCUUCGUGGACGGUUCCUCUUGGAAGGAGGGACUCCACCAACGCAAACGAAGCGGCGGCGAACAACGAGCUACCUCCCCCAUUCUUCGACCUCGUUAACCUCACCCAGUCCUUCGGUGACAAGGGCUUCACCGUGACCGACAUGGUCGCCCUCUCCGGCGCCCACACCAUCGGGCAGGCGCAGUGCCAGAACUUUAGGGACAGACUCUACAACGAGACCAACAUCAACUCCGGCUUCGCGACGUCGCUCAAAGCCAACUGCCCCCAGCCGACCGGCUCGGGCGACCGCAACCUGGCCAAUCUGGACGUGUCGACCCCAUACUCCUUUGACAACGCUUACUACAGCAACCUCAAGUCCCAGAAGGGGCUCCUGCACUCCGACCAGGUGCUAUUCACCGGCACCGGCGGCGGCACCGACAACAUCGUCAACAACUUCGCAAGCAACCCAGCGGCGUUCAGCAGCGCCUUUGCCUCGGCCAUGGUGAAGAUGGGGAACCUUAGCCCGUUGACCGGCUCACAGGGCCAGGUCAGGAUCAGCUGCUCCAAGGUGAAUUAAUUGGCAAAAAAUGAUCAUAUAUGUGGGAUUAAUAAGGUUAGCAACGGCCAUUAUAGCGCUUUCUUUGACCAUAAGCUUCUGAAAACAGAAGACGUGUCAUAUACGUAUGUCGGCCCCGUGCAAAGGCAUGAAGGCCAUGUGGUGCAAUAGGAACUAUAAACGAGCAACUUCCCUUUUUGUGAUAUAUAACAGACUUCUACGA